ACGUCCCUAAAAUUUACUACGGCCACACUGUUUCUGUCAGAUUAAUAGGUGCGGCCAUGUUGAUCUGUAGUGAAUAAAACUGAGUUAAUUUUCUUUUAGGGAAAUAAAAUUGACACAAUAUGCCCAAAUGCGACCUCAAAACGAGAUACAUCCCCGCGACGUUCGCCUGGACUCUAUUGUUGGGCACAACAUCCCUGUUUUUUUAUUUCCCGUGUCAAUACUACCUUCACAAGCACCCAUGGGUUCCCGCGUACCAAGGCUUCAUAACGUUUUUUGUUUUGGCCAAUUUUACCCUGGCCACUUUCAUGGACCCGGGAGUCAUACCAAAAGCUCCACCUGACGAGGACCGCGAGGACGACUUCCGAGCGCCCCUGUAUCGCAGCGUGGAGAUCAACGGUAUAACCGUGCGGAUGAAAUGGUGCGUCACGUGCAAGUUCUACCGGCCGCCGCGGUGCUCGCACUGUUCUGUGUGCAAUCAUUGCAUAGAAACAUUUGACCACCACUGUCCGUGGGUGAACAACUGCAUCGGACGACGAAACUACAGAUUCUUCUUCUUCUUCUUAAUAUCGCUUUCCAUACACAUGCUGAGCAUAUUCGGCCUCAGUUUAUAUUAUAUCAUGAACAAUAACAAAACUUUGACGCAGGUCGAGCCUAUUGUGUCAAUGGUAAUAAUGGGCAUAAUCGCACUACUAGCGAUACCGAUAUUCGGCCUGACCGGGUUCCACAUGGUGCUGGUCUCCCGGGGCAGGACCACCAACGAGCAGGUGACGGGCAAGUUCACCGGGGGCUACAACCCCUUCUCGAAAGGGUGCUGGUACAACUGCUGUUAUACGCAGUUUGGUCCACAGUAUCCUAGUCUAGUCCGACCGUCGAAAUACAUCUACAAAGGUGGCAAGAAGCGGCGGGAAGCGAUGCCCGGCGGGGGGCACUCGGCGUCCGCCAUUUCCACGAUAGCGACCGACACGCAGCACCAGGUAAAGACGUACACGGCGGACAACGGCACCGCGCACCGCCCCGCCGGACCCCACGCGCACUAUAACAAGCUGUCUCCGGGACGGGAGGAGGCGGAGGGCGAGCUGGACGGGCCGGGCGCCUCCCAGUCGGCGGACUGCGAGCCCACGCCGCCGCCCCUGCAGCGCCGGGGCUCGGCUGCCAACUUGUUCCCGCCCGACGCACAUCAUCAUCUGCCGCCUAGGCCGCACCAUUAUCCGAGACUCAGUCCGCUUUCGAGAAAUACCAGCCACGGUGGCACCACGACAUCCGGCUACCGAGUCGUAAUGGAGCCGGUGAGAUACGACACGGGCUCCAAUGGCGGAGCCCGGCCCUCGCCCACAAUGCAACAGAGGAUCAAGGCUCUGGGCGUCCCCACGCCGCUGGCCGUCAGCAGUCCAGUCAGAAGGUCCAACCCGGGCACGCCGACGCAGCCGCGCCGCCCCGACUUCAUCGGCGUCGGCGGCCGCGCCUCGCCGCAGCGCCGCUUCCUGUCCGAGGGCGAGCUGCUGCGGCCCGAGCCCGCCGCGCCGCACCGCCCCACGGCCGACGACAUCCGCGAGCUGGCCGCGUCCCCGCAGCGCGGCAACUACCUGUGGGCGGAGCGCGCGCCGCACGCGCCGGCGCCGCGCCCGCACGCGCCGCACGCGCACGCGCUGCACGCGGCGCCGCGCGGCGGCGUGGCGGUGUUCCCGCCGGGCGUGGCCUCGCCCCUCGCGCGGCGGCGGGCGGGCGGCGGCGGCGGGCGGCCGCUGUCGUUCGUGCGGGCGCUGGAGGUGCAGGACGCGCUGGAGUCGCGGGCGCCGCCGCCGGACCCGCCCGACCGCGCCUCCGUCUACGACUGCAACUACGAGAUCUCCGUCUGAGCGCACCCACUUUUAUAUCUAUGUAUAUUUGUGAGUCAUUUGUAAUGUUGACCUAUAUUUAAUUGUGAAUCGUCGAGAGAGUGUACAUAGUCCCCCAGUGUUGUGAUUCCGAGAUGACAUAAUAAUUAUAUAGAACUAUAUAAAAGAGAAAAUGUAUCAGCACCCGAGUGUCUCAAUUAUUGUGUAAAAAAUAUAUUUAUGAACAUUGUUUUUCAAGGA